UUACUGCCUCUUUAUGGUUACACUUCUAUUGAUUUAGACACGUGGUCACAUGGUCGGAACCCAGCAGGUCGCGCUGUUACCCGGAUGAGACUCUCAAAACACCUCGUGUGGGUCUCAUGAAGUGGAUCUCUGCCUGCAGACCAGCAUGGAUUUCAUGACAGAUCAGGAUGUGCAGAAGUACCGGGAGGACGGCUACGUGGUUCUGGAUGGGCUGCUGACCGCUCAGGAGUGUGACGAACUGAGGCAGAGGAUGUCGGAGAUCGUGGACCGGAUGGACGUCCCCGAACACUGCCGCACCACCUUCUCCACCUACCACGACGAGCAGCUCAAAACGCAGGGAAACGCAGACUAUUUCAUCACCAGUGGAGAUAAGAUCCGCUUUUUCUUUGAGAAGGGAGUUUUUGAUGACAAAGGGGAAUUCAUCGUACCAAAGCAGCGCUCAGUAAAUAAAGUUGGACAUGCACUUCAUGCAUAUGAACCUUUGUACAAAAAGGUUACACAUUCACCCAAUGUUCAGGGCAUCGCUAAGAAGCUGGGUCUUUCAACUCCAGUAAUUCUACAAAGCAUGUACAUUUUUAAGCAACCAGGAAUUGGUGGGGAAGUGACACCACACCAAGAUGCCACAUUUCUGUACACGGAGCCACUGGGCAGAGUCAUGGGGCUGUGGAUUGCCCUGGAAGACGCUACUGUUAACAACGGCUGCCUGUGGUUCAUCCCAGGGUCACAGAACAGUGGUAUUUCCCGUCGAAUGGUUCGCACCCCGGAGGGCACCUUUCCUCUGACGGACUUCAUCGGUAGAGAGCAGACGUACGAUGAGGAGAAGUUUGUCCCCACGCCAGUUAAAAAAGGUGGUGUUGUCCUGAUCCACGGGGAAGUGGUGCAUCGAAGCGCUGAAAACAUGUCUGAAGACUCUCGCCACGUCUACACCUUCCACAUCAUGGAGGCCCAGGAGACCCGCUGGAGCCCUGACAACUGGUUGCAACCCACUGAGGAGCUCCCGUUCCCACCUCUCUACACUAAAUGAAGGAUAUCUUUGGCCUUCGGUGCUGCUCAGGAUACUUUUCCAAUAAGGGACCAAAAUAUAUGAACAGUUUUAUCCGUAGAAAAUGUGAUGCAGAACUUAUGACCUAUGACCUAUAUGUGGAUUAGAAUAUAGCCUGAUCCAGAAUUACUUUUAAAACUGUGGCUUUAUAGCGGAAAACUUCAAUUUUCAAAGAAUAAAUCAGUGUUUUUUAAGGAGA